AUGCCAUCGACCUUCGGAUGGGAUCACUUCCCAUUACCAGCCGAUAGGCGACAUCAUCACCACGACAACUUCGAAUUCGUCGCCCAGCAAGACACCCUCCACACAGCUCAAAGACAUCGUACAAAUCUCACGGCCGCCGAACGCGCUCGCCGCAAUCUAAACGCAAAACUUGCAAAUCCACUUGCUGGAUUCACGCAUGAUGAAUUGAAAAAGCAAGGUCUCCGGUUCAGUAUUACACAUCAAGUCGGCGAUGAAGAAGAUAUAAGGGCGUUUGAAAUGGGGGCUGUGCUGGCGCAGGCACCCGAGAAAUUCGAGGAGAUUGAGGGCUUGACGGAUGAGGAGUUGCAGGUGUUGAGGCAGGAGUUUACGAAUCGUUGGUCGCAGCCUGCGUUGAUGUAUGUGGUUAUUGGGAUUUGUUCUAUCUGUGCUGCUGUGCAGGGGAUGGACGAGACCGUGGUCAACGGAGCCCAAGUCCUAUACAAAUCCCAAUUCGGCAUCGACGGCAAUGACCCUCGCUCUACAUGGCUUCUAGGUCUUCUCAAUUCCGCGCCUUACCUAUGCUGCGCUAUUGCCGGCUGCUGGCUCACUAUCCCGUUCAACCACUGGUUCGGCCGCCGUGGCACAAUCUUUAUUACCUGCGUCAUCUCUUUCUUGGCUUGCAUAUGGCAGGGCUUCGUCAACACAUGGUGGCACAUGUUCGUCGCUCGCUUCGUCUUGGGAUUCGGUAUUGGGCCCAAAUCAGCUACUGUUCCUAUCUACGCUGCCGAAACAAGUCCGCCCGCCAUUAGGGGUGCGCUUGUUAUGCAAUGGCAGGUGUGGACUGCGUUCGGAAUCAUGUUUGGCUACGCUGCUGAUUUGGCGUUUUUCAAAGUGCCCGAUCCGCCUCAUAUCUGUGGCUUCAAUUGGAGACUCAUGAUGGGCUCUGCAUGUAUACCGGCGAUUCUGGUGUGUGUGCUUGUGUUUGUCUGUCCUGAGUCACCGAGAUGGUAUAUGAGUAAAGGACGAUAUGACAAGGCAUAUCAGACUAUGUGUCGACUUCGGUAUACGAAGUUACAGGCCGCCAGAGACGUAUAUUACAUUUAUACGCUAUUGGAAGCAGAGACGAGUAUGAAACUGGGUCAGAAUAAAGUCCUCGAAAUGAUCACUGUGCCACGCAAUCGUCGUGCUCUAAUUGCCUCUGAAAUCGUCAUGUUCCUGCAACAGUUCUGCGGUGUCAACGUAAUAGCCUACUACUCCUCACAGAUAUUCCUCGAGGCAAAUUUCUCCCCAAUCUCUGCCUUCAGCGCCUCCCUAGGCUGGGGCGUAGUAAACUGGCUCUUUGCAAUACCCGCCAUCUACACAAUCGAUACCUUCGGACGACGCAAUCUACUACUUUCCACAUUCCCCAUGAUGGCCAUAUCCAUGUUCUUCACGGGGUUUAGUUUCUAUAUCCCCGAAUCCCAUCACACAGCUCGAAUAGGCUGCAUUGCAUUGGGGAUAUUCUUAUUUGGCGUCGUGUAUUCUCCCGGUGAAGGGCCGGUGCCGUUUACGUAUUCUGCGGAGGCGUAUCCGCUCUAUGUUCGAUCAUACGGCAUGUCCCUCGCGACUGCUACGACGUGGUUCUUCAAUUUUAUCCUAGCCAUGACGUGGCCAUCCUUGUCAUCCCGGUUCACGGCCGCAGGUGGAUUCGCCUGGUACGGCGCCUGGAAUGUGGUGGGCUGGUGGCUGAUAUUAAUGUUUAUGCCAGAGACAAAGGGAAAAACACUGGAGGAAUUAGAUCAGGUAUUUUCCGUACCAACGAGGUUCCAUGCUGAGUGGGGAUUGAGGCAAAUCCCCUAUAUGAUUAGGCGAUACAUCUUUAGACAGAAGGGUCUAAAGCCGGAGGUCCUUUAUGAGAAGGAGGAUCCAAAUGCGCCGCCAGAUACGGAACAGCAUGGUUAUAGGGAAUUGGGAAUGUUGAUAUAACUUUUGGGGUUGAGUUAUGUAUUUAUGAUUCAUGAUAAAUAUAUUAGAUUCGUCCAUCUUUUUGAUAAAAGGGAACUCAGUCAGACAGCAGUUGGACAUGAUAUUUCACUUUCCGCAUGGCGAGACCAAGUUCUCAUCUCGGAACAGGUCUGUGUGAAACAGGUGUCAUCAUGUUGAGUUUCCCAUUGUCUUCAAAGCAUGUACUUUGUAAUGUAUGGUA